AUGGAUGAUCUUGCCGUAACAUCCCAUGAGCGGGAAAUAAAUACUCUGGGCCAAAACCAAGCAAUUGAAGAACGGCGCUACCUCGUCAAAAAAUGCAGGGAGAAACUCGCCGCCCACAUAAAAAAGCGGACAGGCAUCACGAUCGAACCCUCGAAAGUUCGGCUCGUAACCAAACAGAGUGAUAUGUACACCUGGGUUUAUACGGCAGAGGUUGCUCAUCUCUUUUCAAAAAAUUUGAGCGAGCAUGGCUUGACGGCGCACAAAGAACUUUGUCGGGAGGUCGGGCAGAGCUUCCAUGCAAUCACCUUUGCGAAGGCCGCUAUUAGCGCCGACCAUCCGAGCCUCGGCAUAUAUCGCGCAUCGACCUAUCCGCCAGCCUCUAGCGUUCUCUCCGCCGAAUCCGAGGCAAUGGUGCGUGAGGAGCUGUGCGCUCAUACUACAUGCCAGCUGCAAAUGGUCCAAGAAAAUUUGAAGGCGGAGACGGUCAGAAGAGAAUGCUUGCAGAAGGAACUAGAGUCUUUGAGUGCAGAGUACGAACAUCUCGCUCAGCGAUUCAGGCAAGAGGCUGAAAAAGCUGGCCAGAGCGAGUCAAUGCUGUACAAAUGCCUCCAAGUCAUCAACCAGGUGGCAUCACUAGCGGAGGAAGUGCAACAGGAUUGUAGAAGCACGGAAGAUCCCAUUGUAUUUCCAAGAUAG